AUGGGCCGCUCCUUCGGCGAGGCGUCGCUGGGCGCCGGCGCGCCGCCGCGGAACGCGUCCUGCAUCGCGUCUUCGGCGACGACGGAGUUGUUGGAGCUGCGGAAGACGGACUACGACAAGAUCAUGAAGUCGUACCAGGACGCGGAGCAGCGCCGCGCGUUCCGGUGCCUCAAGUCCGUGCCCAUGUUCCGCAACUGGGCCAAGAGCCGCCUGACGCGCCUGUGCGGGCUCGUGCGGCGCGUCGACUUCAAGGCCGGGGCCCUCAUCAUCAAGCAGAACGACCCGCCGGACAACGUCUACUUCGUGCUCGAGGGCGCCGUCGCGGUCGUGAAGACGAUCGAGAUCCGCACGUUCAACCGCUGGCCCAGCGGCAAGGACGGCGGCCACGAGACCGUGGCGCGCUGCGCCCACAAGCUCGUGCCCUUGGUGGAGCUCGGCCCGGGGUCCUGCUUCGGCGAGCGGGGCAUCUUGUACGGCGAGCUGCGCAAGGCGACGGUGACCGCGGCGACGGACGUGACGCUUCUAGCGCUCGACAAGGUCGAGUUCGAGAGCCUGCUCCAGCGCACCCACGCCCAGGCGGGCAAGGGCUCGUCCGCGCCCCACAGCGAGCACCGCCACCACCUCACGGACGACGAGAUCGCGGCCGCGCUCGCGUCCGUCCACGGCGAGGCGCACCCGGAGCCGCGCGCGCUCGUCGGCCAGGGCCGGUCCUCGGCGAAGCGGUCGAACCAGACGGCGGCGGACAUCGCCAAGCUCAUGCCUGUGCCGAAUUCAACCACUGGUUUGGGUGGUCCUGACCAAACUUGA